UGAGUUUUUAUAUUUCAAUCACAAUUCAAAACCUAUCGCCAAAAAUGGCUGCUCCAGCUCUUACUUACUGCAACUGCAAUUUCCUUCCCGCCACAACUUGUCUCCCCAAUUCAACCCGCAACCCCAUUUAUUCGCUUUUCCUUAAACCCAUAUCUUCAUCAAAGACGCAGCCUUUCUGUUCAUUCCCCAGGCUGAGAAUUUGUCAAAGAAAGAUUGUAUCUUUAUCGCCCAAACAUUCACGCGGGUUGGUGGAUGGCGGUUCUGAUACAUACCCGGAAGCGGAACCCGCUGCUUCUGUUUCGGAUGAGGGUGUAAUUAUUGAUACAAAGCUACCCAGAAGAAGCUUGCUUGUGCAAUUUACUUGUGGUCAAUGUAAUGAAAGAACAGAGAGGCUGAUAAAUCGACUAGCUUAUGAACGGGGGCUUGUUUAUGUACAGUGUGCAGGAUGUGAGAAGUAUCACAAGUUAGCUGAUAAUCUUGGUCUUGUAGUCGAGUAUGAUUUGCGGGAGGAAGUAAGUUCAGAAUCAAAUACGGAACAAGUUUGAUAUGUGGCAGUGAAUUCAGUGUUUGCACGUCUUUUUUUCCAUAUUUUCAUGUAGGAUUAUACUUCAGAAUUCAGAUGUUGUCUUUUUUGCAAACUAACUUGUAAGAAUCAAUGUAAAAGAAUAAUUGGUAUAAAUUGAAAAAAUACAAAAUUUUGACAA